AUGGGGUCCGAUACGAUUGAUGUCGACGCACCUGAUGCGGAACAGACACAGUCAGCCGCGACCUUCCACUACUUCUGCAAGCUCGCUCCUGAACUACGUAUCAAGAUUUGGAAUGCCGCCCUGCCCAAUGCUCGUACAAUCGAGAUCACCGGCGACGUUCUCGAAACGCUUUCCGACACCGCGCGACUUGUCAACCUACCUAAGCCGCCGGCCAUCCGCGGCGUCUGUCACGAAGCAUGGGAGAUCACUCAAAAGAAUUGGGUUCAUUCUCUUGGACUGCGAUACGAAGAGUUUGGAGAAAACUUUCCGGGAUUCUGGUUCGACCCGGAUACGGACAUCAUCUUGGACUGGAAACGGUGGAACCGAGAAUUCGAAAACGGGCAGUUCUUCGAGCGUGUUCGAAAUCUCGCCAUCUGUUCGCGGGACGUGUCUCUGGAGGAAAAUUUUGACCGCGUUCUUGAUUCAUUUUGGGACUUGUUGCCAAAUAUUCGCCGCCUCAUCAUCAUCAUCUUUGAUGAUGUUGGUCUCGAUGGUGAAGAGGGUCUCAUUCCGGAGCUUCAGCCGAUAGACGACGACUCCAUCAUCGCCUCCAAAGAUUCGGGUGAUACUUGGCUGGAUUGGAACUACUUUCCUAAAGAUGACGAAGUUAUGUGGGUGAUGUCAAAGGAAUAUCUAGAAGGUCGGCUGAAGGAGAUUGCUGGAUCUGACAAACAGCGGUCUCUCAAAAUCGAGGGGGUCGAGCUCAUUUUACAUCGAAUACGCGAUGCUACAGAGAACUAUGGACGGAUAUAA